AUGAGUAUUGGAGCGGCUUCCUUUCUGUUGGACGUGCGGCGCGGCGACCUGGCAGCGGUCAAGCGCACACUGGGCCGCCACCCCGGUGUGCUGCACGGCCGCUCCGGGCCCGACCAGCGCACCCCGCUGCACGUUGCAGCCGAGGUGGGCAAUCACCUGAUGCUGAGGACGCUCCUCCAGCACGGCGCUGGAUAUGCCGUCGCUGACGGGGCCGGCGAGGUGCCCCUGAUGGUGGCUGCCCGGCAGGGCCACCUGGCUGUCCUUCGUGAGCUCCUCGCAGAUGCAGGGCGGCGCUCAUGCCUCAAGGCGCUGUCAAAGGAUGGCAGCACCGCGCUGCACAUUGCAACCGCAGCCGGCAAGGCUGAGGUUGUGCAGCUGCUACUAGAUGCCGGCGCGCGCACAGAUGCUAGGGACCGGGUCGGCCGCACGCCUUUGGAGCUGUGCCCACCCGACCAACCCGUGCUGGCGCGCAUGCUGCACAGCGGGCGCACACCAGUCGGCGCGCGGAGCCCCAGCAUUCUCGGCCAGCAGAAGACUGCCGGCGGCAAGACGGCCCCUGCCAAAAGCCCCGGCCGCAGCCUGAGCCCUGAGAGUGCUUCGAAGGCGCGCCGUCAGUCAACCAGCGCUUCGCCCUCUUCUGCCCAAUCCAAGCCCUCGCCAAGGGCGGUCGGCGGCCAGGGCCCGCAGCAGCACGCACCACCAGCAACACUGCCGGCGACGGCGGCAGGCGGCAAUGAGGAUGGCGGCAACCGCCAGGACGCGGUGUUGGCGCCGCGGACGCUGGACUUGGAUGCAGAGGCGCUGCCACAGGCGCAGCCGCAAGUGGCGCAGGAGGAGCUGCCAACAGGGCCAGAGGUCGAGCUGCAGGCACCCCCGGAGCAGCAGCAGGAGCAGCAGCAGCAGCAGCAGCAGCAGGAAUUUUGGAAGGAGGAUCAGGAGUGCGCACAGCAACACAGGCGUCAGCAGCCCGCGCCAGUGCAGGAUUCACUCCAGGAGUCCCCGGCUAUUCGCCUGGGCCUGCUGGGCGCGCAGGCCCAGCAGGUGCAGGCCCAGCGGGGGCCCCUGCACCAGCACCAGCCGCAUCGGGCAGAGGAGGAACAGAGCAAGUGGCACAAGGUCACCUACACAGUGCAGAAUCUUGUCAAGCUGCUGGAAGAGCAGGAGCAGCGCGUUGCGCACCUGGAGGCGUCGAACGCAGCCGCUGCUGCGCGCAUGGUCGAGCAAGAGGCCGCCCUCGAGCGCAGCCAGCGCGAGCAGGAGUCCGCCGUAGCAUCGCUCUCCGACAGCGUCAGGCAGCUGCUGCACCAGGGCCGCGCGCUGCUGCACCACAAGCAGCACCCGGCCGCUGCGCCAGCCGGAGCUGAGGGCGAGGAGGUGGGCGUGCAGCCUGCUGCGGCCGACGCUGGCGGCGCGGGGCGCGCGCUGCUGGACUCUUCUUUUGAGGAGUUUAUGGAGGCGACCAGCAGCUGCUUGCAGGCGCACGAGCAGCGGCUUGAGGAGCUGGCUGUCGCUGUGCCGUCGCUGCAGGCGGCAAAGCGCGAGAAGGCGCUGGUGGGGGAGCUGCAGCGCCAGGUCAGCACCCUGGAGAGCACGAUGGCUGUGCUCACGGGAAACAGCGCCCUGCCUCAGCUGCAGCAGCAGGUCAUCGCUCUCGCUUCUGAGUUCGACCGAAUGCGCGGCGCCAUGGCGGCCGAGGUGGGCCGCAUCCGCGCCGACGCCGAGGCCGACAGGGCCGACCGCGUGGACGAGCGCGAGCGCGCGGCGGCGGCGGCGGAGGCCGCGGGGCGGCGCGAGGCGGCGCUGCGUCACGAGAUGGCCGUUCGCGAGGAGAGGAUCCUGCAGAUCAGGGAGGCGGCGUUGUCGGACGAUUCCGUGCGUCAGCAGAUGGCCGAACUUGAGCGGGUGCUCGAGGCGCAGGUUGCAGAGCUGGUCGCGGCGCAAGAGGAGAGCAGCAGGGAGCUCAGGGCGCUGCACGAGCGCAUCAGGGAGCUGCAGGAUGCUCCGUUUGUACAAGGCGGGAGCUGUGCCGCCAACAACGUCCCACCGACGGCGUCUGCCAAGGCCGCCGCGCUGUCAGAGCAGCUGGCCCAGGCCCUGGAGCUGACGCGAAGCGCUUCCCCAUUUGCAACCAUGCACGCGGAAGCCCUGGCGGCCGGCACUCAGGGCGCCCCUCUCCACAAUGUGCAGCAGCAGCCGCCCGUCGAUGAUCCUGCAGACGCCGGCCGCUCCGCGGAGACAAAUGCACCAGCAUCUCAGGCCCUGGGCACUGUGCCAGAGGUGGAAGCUGCCCCCACGUCUGCAGCCGGUGCGCAAGAGCAGAGCAAGGCAGACAGCGAUGAUCUGGAUCAGGAUGAUGUGGCUGGGCGCGGAGCAGCUGCCGCGCGUGACGGCACCAGCAAGGCGCAGGCGGACGAGCCCAGCCUUUUCGGGCGCACGGCGAUUGACAAGGCGGCUGCCGGAAGCGGCCGCAGCUCCCCGGUUGGCGAGCGCGUUCCUGGCGACGAUGCCGCAGGGCAGAGCGACAAGCCUCAGCGCCACAAGGGGGCGCUGGCGAAGCGGCGCACGAAGGAUGGCGCGGCUGGCCAGCCCGCAGGUGACCAGGCAGAAGCGCUGCCAGAGGGCAACCAGCCGCGUUGUGCGCCCUGCCUGAUGAUGUAG